UGCGUGAUUCUUUGCAAAAAAAAUACGAUGAGCAGUUUUUUGGAAUGAAAGUUUUAUUUGCCUUACGUAAAAAACAUUUGCCUGAGAAUGCCAUGCAAAAGUUCAAGAAAAAAGCCAUCAACGUGUAUCAAAGAGCCAUUGCGUACCUAGAAAAGUGGUAUAAUUUCACCGAUUCAGUAUAUGAGGCGCUAAGUUGUUUCAAUCUAAUUGAUCGCAUUAAUCCUCCAACUUUAGAAGAAAUGACGAACAUCUGGUUAUUAUCACCAUGGCGAGAAGAACUUCCACCCAACACUCUCUUCGAUGAAAUUUCUGCCUUAGAAGAAGUUUAUGUUCAUCUGCAGGGCGAUUCAUCCCUUGAUAAGUGGACGUACUUUUUCAAGAAAGAGCCAGCUCUGAGUUUACUGAAACUGUUCCAGUAUUGUGCAUCAAUUCCGGUAUCAAAUGCAAACGUUGAACGAAUUUUCAGUGUCAUGGGAAAUUUGUGGACUGACGAACGUAACCGACUGCUUGUAUCAGUUCGAAAUGGGAUAUGUUGUUCAGAGGAGUGUGGAGGAUCAGACGGCUGUUUGUCAACCUUAAGAGGCCUGUUGUUGAGGCCAGGUAUGGCUGAUCCAGGUGCAGAAGCGAAUGCGGUGAUACGUCUUGAAGCAGGAAAGCUCACGACGCCGGUGUGA